AUGGAUCGACAUAGUGAGUUAAUCAUAUGGUUGAGAAAAAUGGGUUAUGAUGGAGAAAUUCCAGAAAGCUUGAACAAUAUACACAAUAAUUCGACUUCAUUCUUAUGGGAACAGUUGAUCCAGAAUGCCAGACCCAGGCAGGAAGUACAACAUGUGAGAGAUAACAUUAUUGUCCACCGUCUCAAGAGCAAACCUAUCAAUAAACAGGAUGAGUUUUCAAGUCCAAUGUUAGAAAUUGCUUUAUACCAAAAGAAAGUUGCAUUAGCAAAUAAAUUGGAAAGUAUGUAUGCUGCCAUUAAAGAGAAAGAAACUAUUCACACUAAUAUGUCUCAGAAUAUAAGAAUGAAAUCUAUAGCUAUAGAAAAAUUGAAUGAGAAAAUCAAGGCAAAUCAGGAACGUGAGUUUUUGUUGAGGAAAAAAUUGAAAGUCUCACAACAGGAUAUACAGUCAGCAGAAGAUACCCUUGAAUCUCUUGGAAACCUGACUCCUGUAGAACUGGAAGAGAAACCAAAUACUAAGGAAAUAACACAAACUCUCAAAAAGUGCGCUGAAAUACUAGAAAAACAGCUGCACACGUUCCCAGCCCCUUCGAAAAAUGUACAAAAUUACGAGCAGACCUUCCAACGAACCCGUACGGUUGAGAAAAGUCGCAGAGAUCCCAGCGUGUACGAACACUAUAUCUGUUUGACAGAGAAAAAACAACCGAGGAGAAAUGAUAGUUCCAGGAGAGAAGAAAAAUUCGGCAAGGAGAACGUUCGUCUCAAAAACGUGACGAAAUGUUUGUUCGACAGCCCCUCUAUCGGCAAACAGCCGGCUAGGCCAAAAAAGAGGGAAUCUUUGGGUCUCCUCUCGGAAUCUUGCAUGAACAAUUCGGAACCCGAGGACUUUCUGGUAGAAGCCGACCCUUUGUCAACCACCCUCUCUGUGGUGCAAGAAGAUAUCGGCACAGUAUCAGUAUCUUCUGCGGUGCAGGAAAAUCUCCUGUCUCGGAUGCACGGACGUGACGUCACUUCCGUGUCCACGACGACUUUGGUCGAGAAGAAGAACGAUGAUUUGAAGAAGUUGUGCGAGAACAAGGAAGUUUGCGAGCAGCUGAUGCAGUUGCUGCAUUGCCAUAACCGACAGAUGAUAUGGAACGUCUUCCAAAGCAUGGACCACAGUGUGCAUCUGGAUAUUUCCAAAAAUCUGGUGUUGGACCAUCAGAAAGCAGGGGGCAAAAUAAAUCAGGACGACAUCAGCCAACUUCGUUUUCUCCAUGUCCAAAACGAAUUCAAGAUAUUGAAACAGAAAGCCAUGUUGAAGCAAUUGGAACACCAAGUCGAUGCCAAAAAGAAAAAUGUCCACGUUUUCUUGUCGGAUAGGGGUAUAUCCGCGAAAAAACUGGAAAAACUGUUUGAAUUGUUGUACAGAGACGCGAAUUUGGAUGCCACUCUGACGGCGAUGAAGAAGGAGAUCACUGCCGCCAAAAGUUCCCAGGAAAAGAUCGAUUUGCUCAUCGUGUCUGGGAAAUUGGCCAAAGUGAAAGAAAACAUAGAAACGAAGUUGUUUUCCAUUCAGAAAAAUAUCGGAGCCGUUCAAGAAAUUCUCACUUUGACCAGUCGCACUCGCAAUGAGACCAUAGCCUGCGUCCACAAACUGGUGCCUUUCAUCGAUGACAUGUCCUGGUCGUCACCUUUAGUGGAAGGUCUAUUUUCAGAUGAAAUAAGGACGUUCGAGAAGUUCCCAUUGGAAUAUAACAGAAGAUCUGUACACGUAGAUCCAUCGAUUUUCUAUAAAGACCUCUGCAUCUCGAAUUUGCCUUCUGAUGAAGAUAUCGACGAUCAAACCUUGUACAUACUGGGCGAAGCUUUGGAAAAUCCAUCGAGUUUUCCCGAAAUAGUAGUCUUCAACAUUCUCAAAGCCAAAUUGAAGCUGGACGUAUUGAAAUCCAUGCAAAAAGUUCCUGAAAUCUCACACCAGCAGAAAUACACCUUCGAGGACCUCGAGUCGCAGGAAAGUUACGUACAGUACGCAUUGGAGCGUUUGAACACCCUCCUGCAUUCCACGUCGACGAUGAGGACGCUGAAUUCCGCUGCUUCCGCCAAAAAAGUGAUGGACAUUUGGCUGGAAAUGCCGCUCAAGGAUUUCAUAUCGCCGAACAUCAAAGUGGACGGCAACGAGUACAGCUUUUACGAGAAACAGUACGAUAGGUUUUAUAAUGAUUUGUGA